AUGUCCCCUUUGAUCUUUGAUCUUUGUAUGGAGUAUCUUUCUAGAUUACUUAAGGCUGCUGGGGAUCAUGCGAAUUUCAAAUUUCAUCCAAGGUGCAAUAGACUCAAAUUGAACCACUUGUGUUUUGCAGAUAAUUUUAUGAUUUUUUGUCGGGGUGAGUUGGCUUCUGUUCGUAUUCUUCUAGAUCAUCUAGAGAUUUUUGCGAAAUCCUCUGGUUUGGUUGCCAACUCUUCAAAAUCUGAUGUGUGUCUUGCAGGUAUCGCUACCUCUUUGAAACAGCAUAUUGUAGAUUCUUGUAAUAUUCCUUUGGGUUUUAUGCCUUUUCGCUAUUCGGGGGUUCUGCUCUCGUCCAAACGUCUUUCUGCAGUUGAGUGUGAACGUCUUGCUACGAAUAUGACUUCUAAGGUGUUAAAGCAGGUGAAUGGAAUCUUUCGAGCAUACCUUUGGCAUGGGAAAACUAACUCUGAUGUUCCUGGAAAUAUGAAUUGGACUAGGGUUCGUACUCCAAAGAAGGUGGGUGGUUUGUGUAUUCGUAAUCUAAAAGUUUGGAAUCUGGUUGCUGUGGGUAAACUUGUGUGA